AACCCAAUGUUAUCACAUUCAAAAAAAAAAGCACUUUCACACAAAUUUAUUUAAUUUUUCUUCUCUACAAAAAAAACUUUGAUUUUUGAUUAAUUUCAUCAAAUAUGGGAAAUAGUCUAAGGUGUUGUUUGGCUUGUGUUCUUCCUUGUGGUGCACUUGAUUUAAUUCGUAUUGUACAUUUAAAUGGUCAUGUUGAAGAAAUUACAAGUCCAAUCAUAGCCUAUGAAGUUCUCAAAAAUUACCCUAAUCAUGUCUUGAGUAAACCAUGCUCUCAAGGUACAAUGGCUCGCCGGAUUCUGAUCUUAUCGCCGGAAUCCGAGCUCAAAAGGGGUAGCAUAUACUUCUUGAUUCCGGCGUCUUCUGUGCCGGAUAAGAAAAAAUCCGGCACAAUAACGUCCACAAUCAAGAAAUCACCAAAAAUUACUACUACUAGUACCACUACUACAAAAAUAAGCAAAUGCCACGUCAGCAUCCACGAUGAUCGCGAUCACCGCGAUAUGAAUGAGCCAAAAUUGAAGAAGUUAUCGUCUCAUCGGAGGAGUAAGAGCGGUAAGGUUGUCGUAUGGAGACCUCAUCUCACCAGCAUAUCUGAGGACUAAGUUUAUUUUUGAUACGACUAAAGUCAUUUUCUUUUUAUUUACCCUUAUGAAAGGGUAGUUUCCUUUACUUUUUUUCCCCCUCUUUUUAUUUGUAGAUAUAUUUUUUUUGUUUAUUUAUUUUCCAUCUGCAUGUAAUAGUAGCAGAUUUGGAUUGAAAAGGGAUGUUAUAACCCCAAUGAAAUUUAUGAGAGAGAGAUUGGAGAGUGCUUUUGGAAGUUGUACUCAAAGAUGAGGAGAUUGUACUUUUAAACUCUCUUCAAAAUAGAAGAGGGAUAAAAGUACUGUUUUUUGUUUUUUUCCUCUUUCUUGUAAAUUUUUGGGGCUUCACAAUAUGAACUUUUUAAUGUUA